CUUCGUCUCCAAAGUCCAAAUCUCACCGUCGCGAGUUCGGGACCCCUCUCGCUCCCUCGCGAUUCCCCCACUCUCCUUCUCGCGGAGCAAUUAAAGGACACAACGCGUCGCGAGGUCGCGCCGCCGCGAAACCCCACUUCUUCUUCGCCGCCGGCCGCCUCGCCUCGCCUCUUCCUCCCCGCAGCAUCAUCCUCUCUCCCCCGGUUCCCCGGCGGCGGCGGCGAGCGGCCUCGCAGCUUCGCCAAGUCCCCACUCCCUCCAUCCCCAGGUUAGCAUUUGACAGCCAUGGCAAAGCAUCAUCCUGAUCUCAUCAUGUGCAGGAAGCAGCCUGGCAUUGCGAUUGGUCGUUUAUGUGAGAAAUGUGAUGGCAAGUGUGUCAUCUGUGACUCCUACGUGCGCCCGUGUACGCUUGUUCGGGUCUGUGAUGAGUGCAACUAUGGAUCCUUCCAGGGAAGGUGUGUUAUCUGUGGAGGGGUUGGCAUCUCAGAUGCUUACUACUGCAAGGAGUGCACUCAGCAAGAAAAGGACCGAGAUGGAUGUCCUAAGAUUGUCAACCUUGGAAGCGCCAAGACCGAUCUCUUCUAUGAGCGCAAGAAAUAUGGUUUUAAGAAGAGAUGAUCAGGAAGGUGGAUUUGUCUGGUCCUUCUGGUCUCGCUGUGAUUUUUGUUGCACGGAUAUAACUGCUAAGUCAACAGCUUUGUAUUCAUGGUCUGCUUUGAUACUAAUAUGAGAUAGCAUCGCUGAUGUUUGCUGUAAUGUUACUUGUAUGAAAUGGUCUACAUUCUCAAGUCUGCAUUUGCACUUAUGCAGUAGGUACCUGAUGUUAAUGACUAUGAUUGUUGACAUGAAAUGCGAACUGAGAUAUGGAGUACAUUUUAGUCUUA